AGCUGAGAGCUGCACCGCCUAGUCUGUCCCAGCAGAGGAAAGGUUGGGUCUCUGAGGGGCCACUGCUGUCCCAUUGAAGCUUCCAGAAUGGCUUGUGGUGAUCAUGGGGGGUCACCCCUUCACUUGGCUCCUAUACUCCUCCUGCUUUUGUGUCUCCAUUUGCCAGGUACUGUAUCCAGAGGUGACCAGGGGAUGGAUGGGGAGCAACUGGAACCACUGCCCUCAGGGGUGGAUGCUGGCAUGGAGCCCAAAGGGUUCUUGACGCCCCAGAUCCGACGGGGCCAGGUAGGACCAUCUUGGUCCUAUGGAAGACCACCUGGAAACGAGUAUGAAAGACCUGAUGGUGGACAAUUUGGGUCAUAUGGAGGACCCUUUGGACCAUAUGGAGGAGACAGCUCUUCUGGAAGACCUGGUAGACUGCAUGGAGGAAGCACGUAUGGGUCAUCUGGAGGUUCUGGUUCUGGAUCAUAUGGAAGUGGUGGGUUUAAACCUAUGGUAUAUGGAAGUUCCUGCUCUGAAACAGUUAGAGAAGAUGGGUCUGAGCCAUCUGGAAGUUCCUGCCCUGGGUCAGGAGGAGGUGGGUUUGGAGGGGGAGCUUCAAGUUAUGGAUCGUCUGGAGGGGGCAGGCCUAAACUACCUGGAAAAUCUUGCCCUGAAUCACCUGCAAGUGGUGGGUCUGGAUCAUCCGGGCGCCCCUGCUCCCGACCAUCUAGAGGAGCUAGAAUUGAAUUAAUUGGACAAGGUGGGCCUAAUAUGUACCCAGGUUCCAGUUCUGGACCAUCUCGGGGAUACAUCUCUGGAUCUUAUGAUGGAGGCAGGUCUGAAUCAUAUCUUGGAGGUAGUUCCAGAUCAGCUUGGGGAGGCAGGAGGAACCAGCCAGGAUCAUUUGGGGCAGCUGGAUCUGGAUCAUAUGGAAAUGCUGAGUGGGGUGACUCUGCAGGCAGCUUCUCAGGGUACAGGGACUCCAGUUCCUCUGGGCAUAUCCGGCUACAGGCUAAGCCCUCAGGCAUCCCCUACAUACUGGGUAUCAGUGGCCUGGGCCGACGCACAGCGUUCAUUCCAGUUCACAAGGAUCCAGAGAACUCUGGCAUGGUCAGUCCUUCUGCGCCAGAUGGGUCAGUCCUUCUGCGCCCACAUGACAAGGAUCCUGAUGUCCCCUCUGUGGCACCCCUCUCUGAACGACUGAACCUUGGCAACACUGACUACCACUCUCCGGGGAAUGCUGCUGAUGCCGCUGAUAAAGAGGGAGCAGGGAUGGGCAGUGGAGAUGUUGCCACCUCUGGGAGUGACUUCUCUGAUCCUACUGUGCACGGUGAUGCUUAGACCCUGGACCAGGAAAGGGAAGUAGGGUGGCCUAGGAGCUAGCACUAGGAUACAUGGGUGUUUUGCUUUGGUCCUGGAGUGAGGUCUAGCCAUCAGUUAGGAAAUGGAAGCCAGGACUCCUGGGUCCUCUACUUUAUUCUGGGAGUUGGUUCUAGCUCUUUGAUUUAGGAAAUAGGAUCCAGGACACCUGGGUUCUUUUCCCAAUUUUGCUGUCAUUUUGUUGCGGGCCCCUUGACUGCUCUGUGCCUCAAUUUCCCCACAUAUUCAGAGGGGUUUUUUGCUGGGCUCGUUGCUGUGGUGGAAACCCUUGCUGUGUACAUGGUCAGUCCCUUGCAUUGCUGUGUUCAUUAUAGCCUUCAUUGCUGUCAAGCCAGCAGCCAAAGGAUGCGUCUCCACCCAACCUACCCUUUGGGGCCCUUGUAUUGCUGGGAGGGGCUGGGGAGAGGGUGACCGUUUACUUCUGCUUCUUGUUUCUGUGGCACAAAAUGUUUUCAAUAAAAUCCUUGCAUUGG